UGGCUCGCGCAAUAAUUUCCAGCCGGGACUGAGCCAGCAUCGCGCCAGUCUGCUAACGGCGCUAACGCCGACCGGCACGCGAACAGAGAGCUCCGCUUAAUACGAACACUCAUACUCACGCAUUGCGCUCUCUGUUAAUUAAUAUAUCAUUUUUUUUAAGUUUUGUUUUGUUAUACUAACGAUCGAACGAACGAACGACGAAAGCUUGAGCUUUAGCUUGCGGUGAAUGUACGGUAUAACAUAUCGAGGCGAGGAGUAGAUUGUUCAAAGCGUAUAACAUGCGACAGCCGUCUUACUGAGGACCGGACUGCAGUGUAACCGAAGAUGACGGCGAAGAAGGACAAGGCCGUGGCGAGCGGCAGUAGCUCGUCGACAGAGGUGAAGACUACCAGCAGCACGGAGCAGGUCGUGCACACGAGAGAGGAGUCGGUCAGCCGUGGAAAGUUCGUCCAGGAGGCCCAGCGCACCGUGGAGACGGAGAAACGCGAACGAGUGCUCAUGGACGCGCAGGGAAACGUUCUCCAAGUGCAGACCACCGAGGCGCCGGUCGUCAGUACCAGCAGCAGCUCGAACUUGGCGAAGCUCGACGUCCUCGCCGCCGAGCUCAUCGACUCGGCGAACAAUAUUCACGAGGGCGUCGUGACGACCACGACUACCAGCAGCAACAACAGGGUCCAGGAUCCGGCGGCGAUCGUUCAGAAGAACGUCAUGUACGAGCGAGUGGAGGAGAAGAUACCGGCGCCGAUCCCGAGCAAGGUGGUCAAGGUCGAGGCUAGGGAGGAGGAACUCGUGGCUUCGGCUACGUCCGUGGAUUACGCGGCGAGUACGUACUACAUUGAGACGAGCGAGACCACUUGGGACCAGUCGACACCGCUGACCGAGCGAACGAACGAGAGAAGCAGCAAUGUGAUCCAGGUCGAGGACGUUACCGAUUUCGCGCCGCACAGCGCCGGCCCGGGCGCCACGUCCAGCAGCUACGUUGUCGAGUACGAGACCACGACGAACAACAAGGCUGGAAAACAGUACGUGGACACGAUCCACGAGGAGCUGGACCAGAGCCAGAGCACGACGACUAGCAGGUCGUACAAACCCGGUGACUCCGCCUGGGAUGGGACCUUCGUUUACGAGAAGGCCAGUCCGCAGAGCAAGAAGAAGAUAGAGCGCAGAUCCGGAACCGUGGAUAUAAGGGAGGUCAGUGCCGACGAGAUCAACGAGGCAGAUCUCAGGUCCAGCAGCAGCAGCUACACUGUCCAGCACGCCGCGUCGGGUCACGACCUGGUGUCCAGCACGAUCGUCACCGAGAGAAGAGACGUGAGCAACGAGACGGUCAGAUCGAAGAGCCCGGAGGGCAAGAGACCGAGCACUAACAUGACCAGCAGCUGGGACGGCAAGUUCGUCGUGGAAAAGAACGAGGUGACCGAGGUGACCGAGGUCACCAGCAGGAGACCCAACACUCCUGAGAAGGAGAGGGACAGCAGGACGAGAGGUUACACCAGCAGCUCGAUGAACAAUAGCGGGGAUGGCACCUUCGUAACGGAGAAGCCGACACCACAAAGAGCUCCGAGUCCGGAUAAGAAUCAGCCUAGGACAGGUCAGCCUACUAACGCGCAGAGGUCACCGAGUCCGGAUAAAAACCAUCCCAGAAGUAAUUACACCACCAGCUCGACGUCGACCUGGGACGGCACCUUUGUCCACGAGACCAGCGUCACCGAUACCAGCCGCAGAAGUGUGGACCGGGACAGCAAUGUGACGCAGCAAAGAGCACCGAGUCCGGACAAAUAUCAGCCCAGGAAUACUCACCCCUCUAACGCGCAAAGGGCUCCGAGUCCGGAUAAACAGCAGCCCAGGAAUAAUUACUACCCCGCUAAUUACACUACGAGUUCCAUGAAUAAUAACUGGGACGGCACUUUUGUGAAUGAGAAGCAACGAGCUCCGAGUCCGGAUAAGAAUCAGCCUAGGACAGGUCAGCCUACUAACGCGCAGAGGUCACCGAGUCCGGAUAAACACCAGCCCAGGAACACCUACACCACUAGUUCGACAUCCACCUGGGAUGGUACAUUUGUCCACGAGACCAAUGUUACCGAUACCAGCCGCAGGAGUGUGGAUCGGGACAGUAAUGUUCCGCACCAGAGAGGACCGAGCCCGGACAAACAUCAGCCCAGAAGUACUUACCCAUCUAACGCACAAAGGGCUCCGAGUCCGGAUAAAAAGCAGCCCAGGAAUGAUUAUUCUACUAACUACACCACCAGUUCGUUGGACAAUAAUUGGGACGGCACCUUUGUCUACGAGACCAGUGUUACCGAUACCAGUCGCAGGAGUGUGGAUCGGGACGGUAAUGUGCCGCACCAGAGAGGACCGAGCCCGGACAAAAAUCAGCCCAGAAGUACUUACCCAUCUAACGCGCAAAGGACUCCGAGUCCGGAUAAAAAGCAGCCUAGAAAUGAUUAUUCUACUAACUACACCACCAGUUCGUUGGACAAUAACUGGGACGGCACCUUUGUCUACGAGACCAACGUCACCGAUACCAGCAAAAAGACCGUGGACAAAGAGAGCAGCGUGCCAAGGACGACCGCGAGAGAUGGCUCCUUCGUCUACGACGUGAAAAGCACGUCGACUCCGAGAAGACCAAGUCUGGACAGAAGCGACAACACGCUGGUGAGUACGACGCUGAGUUUCGAUGUGUCCAAGAACACGACGGACAACAGAACGACCAAGGAGAUUAUCAUCGAGACCACGGAUACGAGAAAGCCUACGCCGACGACGACCACAACGAAAGAAAUCAUCAUCGAGACCGUCGACUCCAGAAGACCAUCUUCUUCGUCUAUGAUAAACAUCGAGACGAGAGACUCGAGGAGGCCCACCUCCACCACAACUAAAGAAGUGACGAUCGAGACCACCGACUCGCGUCAGCCAACUCCUCGACCUCGAUCUAGGUCACCCCAGAAACCGAUGGACGGAAAGACGGUCAUUACCAACACCAAGCUCAACUCGUCCACCUGGGACGGCUCGUUCGUCUACGAAAAACCUCAGCAACCCAGAAAGCAAGAGCCUCAACAGCCCAGGAAAUCCGAGCCUCAGCAACAACAGCCCAGGAAAUCCGAGCCUCAGCAACAACAGCCCAGGAAGCCCAGCAUCCCCGAGGACAAGCAGCCUCUCGUCACCACGACUCUUCUCUACGACAUCGCCGAUACCCGCAGAUUCGAGAACACCAGCGAGAUCCAGGAAAGCUCGACCAUCGUCGAGCAGUCGUCCAGCUUCACGUCCAUCCGGGACUUCCGCAACGUCGACGAGACGACCACCCGAACUGUGGAUGAAAAGGACACGUCGACAUCGAGCACUAGUAUGGUAACGCAGGAUGUCGUCACCAGCAGCAGCGACAGUCCUCGUCGACCUUCCGACAGUCCGCGACGACCCUCCGACAGUUCCCCGACGCGUCGCUCACCCGAGCAAGUCCGCCCCAUACCGUAUCUCCGAGAAGACAGUCCGCCGAAACCCAAGGCGACGUCGACUCCCGCUGGCAAGAAGCCCCAGAAGUCUUCGCCUCGCGAUGACUCCGGUCCGAAGCCCACACAAAGACGACCUUCCGAUGGUAAAGUUGCUCCAAAACCGAAGGAGAGUCCGGAGGCUCCGAGGCGGCAGCCGGAUGGUCCGCAGGAAAAGGGCCCGAAGAAAACAGGGCCUCGUGAUGACGAGCCCCUGAAGACACCAGAUGUCCUCGCUAAGAUCCCUGCGAAGGAGCAGUGCAUCUGCGAACUUUGCACAUGCGGACGACACCGUUGCCCGCACAACGACUUCCAGGACCACCUGGAGAUUCCACACGAGCCACUGCUCGCGACGACCUCUUAUAAACACGAGUUCGAUGAGAAGCAUGUGGACCGGCAGACGACUACUAAAUACUACCACGAGGAUCAUCUGCGUAUGGAGGGAGAGUUCAUAGGUGAACGUAAGACCGACUACAUCGUGACUAAAGGCGAACGGGCACCGGUUGUCAAACCCCAGGAUAAUCUGCGACCCGAGGGUGAAUUCGCUAAACGGCCAAAGGAGGAGGCGCCUAAAAUCGGCGAGAGACCUGUUGUCAAGAAACCACAGGACAACCUGAGACCUGAGGGCAACUUUGAGAGCGUAACGACCACAGAGCUGGUCUUCACCGGGCAUACCGGCGAGAAACCGAGAACUGAGCGUCGCAACACCUAUACGAAAGCGGAGGGUGACUUCACAGAUGAAACAACUUCCAAGACCGAGUACAUCGAUCAUCGCGCAGUUCACAGAGCUGAAAUUAUUCGGAGAACUGAUAAUCUUACUACUGGAAAAGGCGAAUUCAUUGGUACCUCGCACAUCAAAGAAGAUUAUCAAACUUACGAUGUCAUGCCGCAACCGCUUCAGAAACCGAUCAGACCAGUUGACGUAGACGACAGUGGCUUCUAUGACAAAACCGACACUACGGUUAAUGUAACAACCAGUCAGCAAGAGUAUCAUCAAUUCGACCGAAAGGAUUAUCACAGUACGAGUAUAACGAGACGAGAGGAUAACUUAAAGCUUGAGGGAGACUUUGUGAGACCCAAACCAGAGGAGUACAAGCCUAUUGACCGGCCGACAGCGAAAAGGCCGCAAGAUAAUUUGAAACCCGAGGGUGAUUUUGAAAGACCUAAAUCCGAAGAAUAUAAGCCUACCGAACGUCCAACGGCCAAAAAGCCUCAGGACAAUUUGUACCCAGAGGGAGACUUCGUCAGUCGCCCCAAGGAGAAGGCACCUACUAAAGGCGACAGAGCUGACAUACGAAGACCACAGGACAAUCUGAGACCCGAAGGAGACUUUGAGAGGCCCAAGCCCGAUGAAUACAAACCUGCCGAGAGAACGACUCCCAAGAAACCUCAGGACAACCUCAAACCUGAGGGCGAUUUUGAAAGACCUACGCCCGAGAAGUACAGACCUUCGGAAAGACCAACGGCUAAGAAGCCUCAAGAUAAUCUGAGACCCGAGGGAGAUUUCGAAAGACCUAAGCCUGAAGAGUACAGACCAUCAGAACGGCCAACGGCUAAGAAGCCUCAAGAUAAUUUGAAGCCGGAAGGAGAGUUUGAACGUAAGCCUAAAGACAAGGCUCCGACCAAGGGCGAGAGAGCAGACAUCAAGAGACCAAAGGAUAAUUUGAAGCCUGAGGGACCUUUCGAGGGUCGACCUAAAGAGGAUUUCAAACCAACUAAGGGAGAGCGAGCGGAGAUCGUGAAGCAUACUGACAAUCUAGUCAUGACAGGUGACAUGCAGAUCAUCACUUCUCGCGAUGAUUAUACCGACUUUGUCGUUCGCGAACGAGCUGAGGUCACGAAGUAUCAGGAUAACCUUCGUAUGGAAGGUGAAUUUAUCGACAUGCGCACACGAGAUGAUUAUACCGUUGUCAGAGGUGAGCGAGUUGAUAUUGUCAGACACGAGGACAACCUGUAUCCUGAGGGACCAUUUGAGGGUAAGCCCAAAGAUGAUUUCACACCUAAAAGAGUCGAUAGACCGCAGAUUAAGAAACCCAAGGAUAACCUCAAGCCGGAAGGUGAAUUCGAGAGGCCUAAGCCUAAGGAAUACAAACCUGGAGAGCGUCCCACACCUACCAAACCGCACGAUAAUCUGCAUCCUGAAGGAGACUUUGAGAGACCGAAGCCAACGGAGUACAAACCUGCUGAAAGACCACAGCAGAAAAGACCACAAGAUAACCUUCAUCCUGAAGGUGAUUUUGAGAGGCCGAGGCCUACGGAGUACAAACCUGCGGAAAGACCCCAACAGAAGAGACCGCAAGAUAAUCUUUAUCCUGAAGGUGACUUCGAAAGGCCAAAGCCUAAAGAAUACAAACCGGCAGAGAGACAAACACCAACCAAACCGCAGGAUAAUCUACAUCCAGAAGGUGAUUUCGUACGAAGACCGAAGGAACAAGCGCCAACCAAGGGAGACCGGGCUGAUAUAAGACGUCCACAAGACAAUUUAAGACCCGAAGGAAAGAUGGAUGUGCCUGACAAACCAGGAUAUAGCCCGGCAGAGAGACGUUCACCGAUAAAACAUGCGGAUCACUUGAAACCAGAAGGUGACUUCGAAAGACCGAAGCCUAAAGAAUAUAAACCUGCUGAGAGACCGACGCCGACUAAGCCGCAGGAUAAUCUGCACCCUGAAGGUGAUUUCGUGCGAAGACCAAAGGAACAAGCGCCAACCAAGGGAGACCGGGCUGAUAUUAGACGCCCGCAAGACAAUUUAAGACCUGAAGGGAAGAUGGAUGUGCCCGAUAAACCAGGAUAUAGCCCGGCAGAGAGACGUUCACCAAUUAAACAUGCGGAUCAUUUGAAACCAGAAGGAGACUUCGAAAGACCGAAGCCCAAAGAAUAUAAACCUGCGGAGAGGCCUCAACCUACUAGACCACAUGACAACCUUCAUCCCGAAGGCGAUUUCGAAAGACCGAAACCCAACGAAUAUAAACCUGCAGAAAGGCCACAACAAAAGAGACCGCAAGAUAAUCUUCACCCUGAAGGUGAUUUUGAGAGACCGAAGCCUAAAGAAUUCAAACCGGCUGAGAGGCCUCAACCUACUAGACCACGAGAUAAUCUUCAUCCUGAGGGCGACUUUGAGAGACCUAAGCCUAAGGAGUACAGGCCAGCUGAGCGCCCAACACAGACAAAACCGCAGGAUAAUUUAUAUCCCGAGGGAGAUUUUGUAAGGAAACCUAAAGAUAAGGCGCCUACUAAAGGUGAUAGAGCAGAUAUUAGACGCCCGCAAGAUAAUUUAAGACCCGAAGGGAAAAUGGAUGUGCCUGACAAACCAGGAUAUAGCCCGGCAGAGAGACGUUCACCAAUUAAACAUGCGGAUCAUUUGAAACCAGAAGGAGACUUCGAAAGACCGAAGCCCAAAGAAUAUAAACCUGCGGAAAGGCCACAACAAAAGAGACCGCUAGAUAACCUUCACCCUGAAGGUGAUUUUGAGAGACCGAAGCCUAAAGAAUUCAAACCGGCUGAGAGGCCUCAACCUUCCAGACCACACGACAACCUUCAUCCUGAGGGCGAUUUUGAGAGACCGAAACCUAAAGAGUAUAAAUCUGCAGAAAGGCCUCAACCUUCCAGACCACACGACAAUCUUCACCCUGAGGGUGAUUUCGAGAGACCGAAACCUAAAGAAUAUAGACCAGCUGAGCGUCCAACACAGAAGAAACCACAGGAUAAUUUACAUCCAGAGGGUGAAUUUGUAAGGAGACCUAAAGAUAAAGCACCUACUAAGGGUGAUAGAGCAGAUAUCAAACGUCCACAAGAUAAUCUUCGUCCUGAAGGCACUAUGGACAUGCCCGAAAAACCUGGCUAUAGUCCUGCUGAACGACGAUCUCCGAUUAAGCAUACAGACAACUUGAAACCCGAAGGUGAUUUCGAAAGACCUAAGCCCACACAAUAUAAACCAGCUGAACGUCCAACACAAAAGAAACCUCAAGACAAUUUGCAUCCUGAAGGAGAAUUUGAUAGACAACCAAAACCCAAAGCUCCAACAAAAGGCGAGAGAGCAGAUAUACGAAGGCCUCAAGACAAUUUACGACCUGAAGGUAAGUUCGAAACACCGAAAAAAGCUCCUGUUGGUCCAGGCGAGAAACGUACUCCCAUCAAACAUCCAGAUAAUCUUAAACCAGAAGGAGAAUUCGAGAGGCCAAAGCCUACCCAGUUCAAGCCAGCUGAAAGACCAACUCCCAAAAAACCUCAAGAUAACUUGCACCCAGAAGGAGAUUUCGAAAGACCGAAACCUGCGGAAUACAAACCCGCUGAGCGCCCUAAGGCCAAAAAACCACAAGACAAUUUGCACCCAGAAGGAGAAUUCGAACGCCAACCUAAAAAGAAGGCUCCUACUAAGGGUGAAAGAGCUGAUAUCAAGAAGCCAAAAGACAACCUCAAACCAGAGGGACCCUUUGAGGGUCGUCCAAAGGAUGACUAUAAACCAACUAGAGGCGAGAGAGCGGAGAUCGUCAAGCACACGGACAAUUUAACAAUGGAAGGAGACAUGCAAAUCAUUACAUCUCGAGAUGACUACACUGACUUUGUAGUUCGUGAGCGAGCCGAGGUUACAAGGUACCAAGAUAACCUUCGCAUGGAAGGGGAAUUCAUCGACAUGCGCACACGAGAUGAUUAUACCGUUGUCAGAGGUGAGCGGGUGGAUAUCGUGAGGCAUGAAGAUAAUCUGUACCCAGAAGGUCCUUUCGAGGGUAGGCCGAAAGAUGACUACACUCCUAAGCGAGCAGAACGGCCGCAAAUCAAGAGGCCCGAAGACAACCUUAAGCCUGAGGGUGAUUUCGAUCGUCCAGAGAAGACAUGUUAUGGACCAGCAGAGAGGCGAUCACCUAUCAAGCACAGCGAUCACUUGAAACCAGAAGGUGAUUUUGAAAGGCCACAGCCAACUGAGUAUAGACCCGGUGAAAGACCAACGCCCAAGAAACCACAAGACAAUCUUUAUCCUGAAGGAGAUUUUGAGAGGCCGCAACCUACUGAAUUCAGACCAGCAGAGAGACCAACGGCUAAGAAACCGCAAGAUAAUUUGCAUCCGGAAGGAGACUUUGAACGUCCCGAGAAACCAGAUUUUGGUCCUGCUGAAAGACGUUCACCUAUUAAACACACAGAUCAUCUCAAGCCAGAGGGAGACUUCGAACGUCCUCAACAAACUCCGUACAGGCCUGUUGAGCGUCCAUCGCCUACAAAACCACAUGACAACCUUCACCCUGAAGGUGACUUCGAAAGGCCUCAACCAUCUGUUUACAGACCUGCUGAAAGGCCUCAACCCAGCAGGCCACAUGAUAACUUACACCCUGAAGGAGAGUUCGAAAGACCUAAGCCGACUGAUUAUAAACCUGCCGAGCGACCAGUUCAAAAGAAACCACAAGACAAUCUGCAUCCCGAGGGUGACUUUGAGAGACCGCAGCCGAAAGAGUACAGACCAUCUCAAAGGCCACAAGCAACCAGACCACAUGACAAUCUUUAUCCUGAAGGAGACUUCGAGAGGCCGCAACCCACUGAGUUUAAACCAGCUGAGAGACCAACAGCCAAGAAACCACAAGAUAAUUUGCAUCCGGAAGGAGAAUUCGAACGUCCCGAAAAACCAGAUUUUGGUCCUGCUGAAAGGCGUUCACCCAUUAAACACGCAGAUCACCUUAAACCAGAGGGAGAAUUCGAACGUCCUCAACAAACUCCGUACAGACCUGCUGAGCGACCAUCGCCUACAAAACCCCAUGACAACCUUCACCCCGAGGGUGACUUUGAAAGGCCUAAGCCGACUGAGUAUAAACCUGCCGAGCGACCAGUUCAAAAGAAACCACAAGACAAUCUGCAUCCCGAGGGUGACUUUGAGAGACCGCAGCCGAAAGAGUACAAACCAUCUCAAAGGCCACAAGCAACCAGACCACAUGACAAUCUUUAUCCUGAAGGAGACUUCGAGAGGCCACAACCCACUGAGUUUAAACCAGCUGAGAGACCAACAGCCAAGAAACCACAAGAUAAUUUGCAUCCGGAAGGAGAAUUCGAACGUCCCGAAAAACCAGAUUUUGGUCCUGCUGAAAGGCGUUCACCCAUUAAACACACAGAUCACCUUAAACCAGAGGGAGAAUUCGAACGUCCUCAACAAACUCCGUACAGACCUGCUGAGCGACCAUCGCCUACAAAACCCCAUGACAACCUUCACCCCGAGGGUGACUUUGAAAGGCCUAAGCCAACAGAGUAUAAACCUGCAGAGCGACCGGUUCAGAAGAAACCACAGGAUAAUUUACACCCUGAGGGUGAAUUUGUAAGAAGACCGAAGGAGAAGGCCCCCACUAAAGGUGAAAGAGCGGACAUCAGGAAGCCGCAAGAUAAUUUGAGACCAGAAGGAACAUUCGAAGUACCUGAAAAAGUACCAGUAGGUCCAGGCGAGAGACGUUCACCAAUCAAACAUCCUGAUAAUCUAAGACCUGAAGGGGACUUUGAAAGGCCCAAGCCUAAAGAAUUCAAACCUGCUGAUCGUCCAACGCAGACAAGACCUCAAGAUAAUUUGCACCCCGAAGGAGAGUUUGAACGUCAGCCGAAACCUAAAGCUCCAACUAAGGGUGAAAGAGCUGACAUUAAGAAACCAAAAGAUAAUCUUAAACCGGAAGGACCGUUUGAAGGUCGCCCGAAAGACGACUUCAAACCAACAAGAGGCGAAAGAGCUGAGAUUGUCAAACACACAGACAAUUUGACGAUGGAAGGGGAUAUGCAAAUUAUCACAUCUCGCGAUGAUUACACCGAUUUUCUCGUACGUGAGCGUACUGAAGUUACGAAAUAUCAGGAUAACCUUCGCAUGGAAGGUGAAUUUAUAGAUAUGCGUACGCGCGAUGAUUACAAGGUAGUGAGGGGUGAACGAGUAGAUAUUGUUAGACACGAGGAUAAUUUGUAUCCAGAAGGUCCAUUUGAAGGAAGACCGAAAGAUGACUUUACUCCUAAAAGAGCAGAGAGGCCUCAUAUUAAGAAACCAGAGGACAAUCUCAGACCCGAAGGUGAGUUUGAUCGUCCUGAAAAACCAUGUUAUGGCCCAGCAGAGAGACGUUCACCCAUCAGGCAUACCGAUCACUUGAAACCUGAAGGCGAUUUCGAACGACCUCAACCAACCGAGUAUAAGCCCGCUGAAAGACCCAAACCGACGAAACCACAAGAUAACUUGCAUCCUGAAGGAGAAUUUGAAAGACCUAAGCCGACUGAGUUUAAACCUGCUGAGCGACCAGUUCAGAAAAAACCACAAGACAAUUUGCAUCCCGAGGGUGACUUUGUACGUCGACCAAAAGAACAAGCACCUACGAAAGGCGACCGAGCAGACAUCAAGCGACCUCAAGAUAACUUGCAUCCUGAGGGAACCAUGGACAUGCCUGAUAAGCCUGGUUAUAGUCCAGCUGAGAGGCGCUCUCCAAUCAAACAACCAGAUAACUUGAAACCCGAGGGAGAAUUCGAAAGACCUGAACCUACACAGUAUAAGCCUGCUGAACGUCCAGUACAAAAGAAACCACAGGAUAACUUACAUCCGGAAGGUGACUUUGUUAAGAGGCCGAAGGAAAAGACUCCAACUAAAGGUGACAGAGCUGAAAUCAAAAAACCACAAGACAAUCUACGGCCGGAGGGUAAAUUCGAAACUCCGAAGAAGGCCCCAGUUGGUCCUGGCGAACGUCGAUCUCCUAUCAAGCAUCCGGAUAAUCUGAAACCGGAAGGCGACUUUGAGAGGCCGAAACCAUCUCAAUAUAAACCCACAGAACGUCAAACUCCUAAGAAGCCCCAGGAUAAUCUACAUCCCGAGGGAGACUUUGUACGUCAACCAAAAGAAAAAGCUCCAGUUAAAGGCGAACGUGCUGAUAUUAAAAAACCUAAGGAUAAUCUUAAACCAGAAGGUACAUUUGAAACACCUAAAAAGGCACCGGUUGGACCUGGUGAAAGACGAACUCCAAUUAGACAUCCAGACAAUUUGAAGCCUGAGGGUGACUUUGAAAGGCCAAAACCGACUCAGUUCAAACCAGCUGAGCGUCAAGUUCAAAAGAGACCACAAGACAACUUGCACCCUGAAGGAGACUUCGUUCGUCAACCUAAGGAAAAAUCUCCUGUCAAGGGUGAAAGAGCCGAUGUGAGAAAACCGCAAGACAAUCUGCGUCCUGAGGGUAAAUUUGAAGCACCGAAGAAGGCACCCGUUGGCCCUGGUGAAAGACGAACACCAAUUAGACAUCCUGACAAUUUGAAACCCGAGGGUGACUUUGAAAGGCCCAAACCAAAAGAAUACAAACCUGCCGAACGUUCAAUUCAAACAAGGCCUCAAGAUAAUUUACAUCCCGAAGGUGAGUUUGAUCGUCAGCCGAAACCAAGAGCUCCAACUAAAGGCGAAAGAGCCGAGGUCAAGAAGCCGAAGGAUAAUCUUAAACCGGAGGGACCGUUCGAGGGUCGUCCCAAGUCAGACUUUAAGCCCACCAGAGGCGAGAGAGCCGAGAUCGUAAAACACACGGACAAUCUUACUAUCGAAGGUGACAUGCAGACAAUUACAUCACGCGAUGAUUACAAGGACUUUGUUGUACGCGAACGUGCUGAGGUCACCAAAUACCAAGAUAACCUCCGUAUCGAGGGUGAGUUCAUUGAUAUGCGAACACGCGAUGACUACAAAGUCGUCCGAAGUGAGCGGGUGGAUAUCGUAAGACACGAGGACAACCUUCGGCCAGAGGGACCCUUCGAGGGUAGACCUAAAGACGAUUUUACUCCAAAGAGGGCUGAACGUCCACAGAUCAAGAAGCCAGAGGAUAACCUCAGACCAGAGGGCGAUUUUGAAACUCCGAAGAAGGCACCGGUUGGUCCAGGUGAAAGGCGCUCUCCGAUCAGACAUCCAGAUAACUUAAGACCAGAAGGAGACUUCGAGCGUCCAAAACUAUCUGAAUACAGACCAGGUGAACGACCAGUGCCUACCAAACCGCAAGACAACUUGCAUCCCGAGGGAGAUUUCGUGAGUCGCCCAAGAGAACAAGCACCAACCCGAGGAGACAGAGCUGAUGUCAAGCGACCGCAAGACAAUCUGAGGCCAGAGGGUGAUUUCGAACGACCCGAACCUACGCAUUACACACCAGGUGAACGUCCUACUCCCAAGAAGCCUCAGGAUAAUCUGCACCCAGAAGGUGAAUUCACGAAACGACCCAAAGAGAAGACUCCGACCAAGAGUGAAAGGGCUGAUGUACGAAGACCACAGGACAAUCUGAGACCAGAGGGCAAAUUUGAUGCGCCAAGAAAAUCUCCAGUUGGUCCUGGAGAGAGACGCACUCCAAUAAGACAUCCUGACAACUUGAAGCCUGAAGGAGACUUCGAUAGACCGAAACCAACGCAUUACCAACCUGCCGAUCGCGUUACGCCCAAGAGACCACAAGAUAAUCUCCAUCCAGAAGGCGAGUUCAUUCGUGAACUAAAGGAUGAAGUGACCAAGAAACAGGUUGAUCAACGCGUCGUCAAUCAACGUACGGAUCAGCAGGUAGUGAACCAACAAACGGAUAAACGCGUAGUUAACCAACAGACUGAAAAACACGUGAUCAACCAACACACUGAAAAACAUGUCGUCAAUCAACAACAUACCGAUCAACGUGUAAUCAAUCAACAGCACGUUGAUCAACGCGUAGUCAACCAGCAACGUUCAGACCAACGCGUAGUCAACCAACAUCACACAGAUCAACGUGUGAUCAAUAAGCAAACUGAUCAACGAGUAGUCAACCAGCAGCAUACGGAUUAUCGUGCAACAUCUAGCUUGGAGAUCGGUAGCCAGACUGAGAAAACAGAACGUCGCAACGUCAUCCGCCAUUCAGACUUGCGUGGUGAGACUGAGUUUGAAAAGACCCUGCGCGUCGAGACCCAUGACAAACCGCAACAAGUCUGCAGGCGGUCGCACGACAACCUACGGCCUGAUGGAGAUGUACGCACUACAACAUCCUCGCGCAGCGACUACCAGCGCGUCAACGGCGAGAACUACCGAGCCCAGAGCUACCGGCGCGAGGAUCACCUACGCAUGGAAGGCCACCUUGAAACCCGCCGAUCCAGUGACGAUUAUCGACAGCAACAGAUUCGCAACGUUCCGAGUGAGCGUCGCAGCCCAAUCAAGCAUCCGGACAAUCUGCAUCCGGGAGAUGAUUACGGCCCCAGGACCACCUCGAGCUCGUACGUAACCAUGCAAGGUGAGCGCUCGGAAAUUCGUCGUCAUCAGGAUAACCAGCGAGUCACCGGCUCCGAAUCCAGAACCUCCGUAAGAGAAAGCUACUCACCUUCUGGACGCACAAGCGAGGUCCACCAAUCAGUCCAUCACCUCGACGGUGGCGCACCUGUGACCAUUCGCAGGGUCGAUGACAGCAGCCGCAAGACGCAGUCGACCAUCCGUCGGGAGGAAGCUUCUCUUCGUCAACGCCAAGACUUCGAGCGCCAUCAGGAUCAACAUCAGCGUCGAGACUACGUGAACGAGAGGUACACCAGUCCUGAGCACGAUCCGAAUCGAGGUGGUUCUCCCACGCGAGGUCACAAGCGUUGGAACGUCAUCUCCUCGACCACGGACAUCAGCAACACAGCUCUGCACCGGCGCAUUGCUGAGCAAAGCGCCUCUAGCACCAGCUGUCAGCAGGAGUUCUCUCAGCAGUUCAUCAGCAACAACGAGAGUCGCAAAAACCAGUCAUCCCUUCAGAGAACCAGCGGUGGUAAUCCAUACGCCUCGUCGAGCUACGAGCGCAACGAGACUCGUGUCUCCAAGAGCAGCCCACCACGGGACAACCUGACUGUUGGUGGUUCCUUCUACCACACGAGUGAAGCCCGACGCAGCUACGGAAACUUCUCCACCGAGAGGGUCGAGCGCGUCCGGCGUCAGGGCAACGUGUCAAACAUCAGUCUCGGAGACGAGAGGGUCAGCAGCGCGCAGACGUCUAGCCUGUAUAAGAAGGAAUUCGUACCACGACAGAAAGGACCUUGUCCUGCGGCGUUGUUGCAGGCCAACAAGGCCCCGUUCAAGCACACCAGGGACACACCCAGACACAAGUUCUACAUGCCCGUCGUUGAGAGCAACUGAUGAAGACGCGUGAGCGCGUAUAUAUCGAUUUGGACUGUGAUAUGAUAUUGUGGGAGGCGAAAGUGCGUAUAGUAGAGGGCGAGCUCUUAAUCGAUAUUUUGAGGUUAUGUCUCAUGUGUUUUGCAAGCAUAUUCGCACAUGCAUACAUACCAAUCCUUUUUUCGCUUCAGCCAUGCUUUAUCCGUUGUGUACUCGUAUACUUUAUCAUUUUACCGAUAACGUUUGUCUCAAAUGAUUAUAUAUUUUAUUUAAGCAUUUGUUAUCAGUUUAAUAGCGAAAUAUAUUCUAUAUAUUAUAUUAUACAGAUCGUAUCGUUGCCAUACUCGAAGAGAUUUUUAAUAUACGCGAGAUGUAUAAGUUAUACUAUAUAUGGCGUCGCGAAGCUAUAUCUUUUCGGCGCGGAUUGAUGACAAUGCAGUUGUUUUACGAUGCAUUUUUUAUAUUCUUUAAUUUUGUAUCCUAUUUACUUUCAUCCUUAAUCCCCAUGUAUUUAUUAACCCAAUUUGCAAUAAACAUUGCUUAAAAAUUUUGA